UCACCCAGGGAAAGCGAACUGCAGCGCGCCCUGUCAUCACCUGCCCGGUGCGCCUUCCCAACCGUCCCGCGGCUGCUCACGUGGGCGUGGCCGUGCGUGACCCGCCGGCGCGUCACGUGAGCUCCCGGAGUCAUGUGAUCGCCGUCUGCGCUGCGCUCAGCGGGCGCUGCUUCCUGCAGGGUCUAGAAGUUGUCGCCGCUUUCCCUUCUCCGUCUCCGGCCCGCGCAAUGGAGGAGGAGGAUGAGGAAGCGCGAGCGCUGCUGGCUGGCGGCCCUGACGAGGCCGACAGCGGUGCCCCCGCCGCCCCCGGGGCCCUGCCAGCCCUCUGCGACCCCAGUCGCCUGGCGCACCGGCUUUUGGUGCUGUUACUGAUGUGCUUCCUUGGCUUCGGCAGCUAUUUUUGCUAUGAUAAUCCUGCUGCCCUUCAGACCCAGAUUAAACGGGAUAUGCAAGUGAAUACCACGAAAUUCAUGCUGCUGUAUGCCUGGUAUUCUUGGCCCAAUGUAGUUUUGUGUUUCUUUGGUGGCUUUUUGAUAGACCGAGUAUUUGGAAUACGAUGGGGGGCAAUCAUUUUUAGCUGCUUUGUUUGCAUUGGACAGGUUAUUUUUGCUCUGGGUGGAAUAUUUAAUGCUUUUUGGCUGAUGGAAUUUGGAAGAUUUGUAUUUGGAAUUGGUGGAGAGUCCUUAGCAGUUGCCCAGAAUACAUAUGCUGUAAGCUGGUUUAAAGGCAAAGAAUUAAACCUGGUGUUUGGACUUCAACUUAGCAUGGCUAGAAUUGGAAGUACAGUAAACAUGAACCUCAUGGGAUGGCUGUAUUCUAAGAUUGAAGCUUUGUUAGGUUCUGCUGGUCACACAACACUUGGGGUCACACUUAUGAUCGGGGGUAUAACAUGUGUUCUUUCACUAAUCUGUGCCUUGGCUCUUGCCUACUUGGAUCAGAGAGCAGAGAGAAUCCUUCAUAAAGAACAAGGAAAAACAGGUGAAGUUAUUAAAUUAACUGAUGUAAAGGACUUCUCCUUACCCCUGUGGCUCAUAUUUAUCAUCUGUGUCUGCUAUUAUGUUGCUGUGUUCCCUUUUAUUGGACUUGGGAAAGUUUUCUUUACAGAGAAAUUUGGAUUUUCUUCCCAGGCAGCGAGUGCAAUUAACAGUGUUGUAUAUGUCAUAUCAGCUCCCAUGUCCCCGGUAUUUGGGCUCCUGGUGGAUAAAACAGGGAGGAACAUCAUCUGGGUUUUGUGCGCGGUAGCAGCCACUCUGGUGUCCCACAUGAUGCUGGCCUUUACGAUGUGGAACCCUUGGAUUGCUAUGUGUCUUCUGGGAAUCUCCUAUUCAUUGCUUGCCUGUGCACUGUGGCCAAUGGUGGCAUUUGUAGUUCCUGAACAUCAGCUGGGAACUGCAUAUGGCUUCAUGCAGUCCAUUCAGAAUCUUGGGUUGGCCGUCAUUUCCAUCAUUGCUGGUAUGAUACUGGAUUCUCGGGGGUAUUUGUUUUUAGAAGUUUUCUUCAUUGCCUGUGUUUCUUUGUCACUUUUAUCUGUGGUCUUACUCUAUUUGGUGAAUCGUGCCCAGGGUGGGAACCUAAAUUAUUCUGCAAGACAAAGGGAAGAAACAAAAUUUUCUCAUACUGAAUGAGAAGUUUAAAUGAAUGUGUCAUGAGAAUGGACUUAACACGUCAUUGGUUUGAAAACCUCCAUUUAAAAAAAUUUAGAGUUUAGUCACUAGAAAAAAUAAUGGACUGGAAAGUUAUAUUUAUGUCCACAUACACCUAUUUCAAGGUGUAUUUGUGAGGAUUAUUGUAGCCUGUGUCUUUUGUAUUGUGUGUUGCUGGAGAAUUCUACUUUUAGUAGGCUAAUCAGUAAUGAAAGGGUUAGAAAACUGUUCUGGAACAUCCAGGUGAACUUCAGGAAGGACAGUGAAAAAUAGAAAACAUUGGAGCUUCUGUUGAGAUAAUCUUCAUUAAGUAUAUACCUUAGGGAUAUCACCUUUUCUUUUCUUUUUUUUUUUUGAGUUGGAGUCUCGCUCUGCGGCCCAGGCUGGAGUGCAGUGGUGCAGUCUUGGCUCACUGCAACCUCUGCUGCCUGGGUUCAAGCGAUUCUCCUGCCUCAGCCUCCCAAGUAGCUGGGACUACAGGCACGUGCCACCACGCCCUGCUAAUGUUUUGGUAUUUUUAGUAGAGAUGGAUUUCACUAUGUUGGCCAGGCUGGUCUUGAACUACUGACUUCGUGAUCUGCCUGCCUCGGCCUCCCAAAGUGCUGAGAUUACAGGCAUGAGCCACAGUGUCCAGCUGGGAUACUGCCUUUUGUCUUAUAGCUGGAAAAAAACUUUGAGGGGAAUAGAAGGGCUACUUUAUACAAAAUAAACAAUGGCAUUUUCAUAGGCUUUCCUUUUAGUGGUAGGACAUAAUGCUAGGGAAUAUGUGAAGAUGUUUUUAUAAAGUCUUUCUGAUCAUGACUAGUAGCAGCUCAUGCUGUACUCUGUAGUUACGUGGAUUGCUGAGCAGUGACCCUUUUGAAUUUCUUAUUUCUGUGUUACUGAGGACCCUAAUCACUUAGGGAUGUAAUUUUAUAGUACAAACUUUCUGUACAAUUUUUCUUAUAGUCUAAUUAGUAACUAAAAAGUGUUCUUCAAAUUAUAAUUGCCUAUUUACAUGGAUAAAUAAAAACACUGCAGAAGGA